AUGGCGCCGGAGGUCUGUCGUGACUUGGAAUCGGGUUAUGGUCGACCUUGUGAUAUUUGGUCCUUUUGCUGUGUGCUGUUGGAGCUACUCACCGGCAAACCGCCAUGGCAUGAGGUGGCCGAUGUGUACGCAGUCUUUUUCAAACUCUGUCACAACCAAUUGCCCACUCUACCGACAGUCUUUCCCCAAGCAUUGCAAUAUUCUCGUUCGCCCGCCUCGGCCUCCUCCUCCACUACAACCGAGCCAACGUAUGCUAGCAAGGAAGCCGUGGCUCUACUCCAAGCUGGUAUCACAGCCGAUCCGGACGAACGUCCGACCGCGACGGAUCUCUUCCAAUUCGACUUUAUCCAAUGUCCGGUGUCUAACACUACGGACCAGUGA